AUGACGGUCUCAGUUUUGGUCCUGAUCAUUGGAUUUGUAGUUCAGAUCUCCGAAUCGCAAUACCGUCAACACCAGCCGUCUUAUCCCCAAAACUACCAUAACCACCACCACAAUGCCCACCAACAUCACUACCAUCAGCAACAACUCGCCCAGCAACAAAAAAACGCGGCAGCGGCGGCCCAGCAGCAGCAACAGUACCCCUAUAACAACUAUCCGAGUCCAAAUUCCAUCAAAGCCUACCAAACCGCCUACCCUACAGUACCCCACGCAUCUGUACUCAACCAACCGACCCAUCAAAUUUGUGAUAUUCCGCCGGAUUUGUGGUGUGAUAGUCCGCAGUCCGCCCAACAAUGUGGUGUCCAACGACAGUGUGACUCGCUUCGUCACCGACGAGCACCCAUCAAAAUCACGUUGAUUUACGAGGCAUUGUGUCCGUAUUGUCAGAAAUUCAUCGCCAACCAACUCGGCAGCGUUUUCAACCAAUUCCAAGGUCAACUAAUUCUCGAGUUGGUCCCAUGGGGCAACUCUCGGAUACUCAGGGACGGCUCAUUCUCAUGUAAUCACGGACAGAAAGAGUGCGACGCGAAUCGUCUUCAGUCGUGUGUCAUUGAUAUUUUGAAGGUCAAGGGGGCGUUACCGUUCAUCGUCUGCUUCGAACGGAAUAUUCAACAUUAUGGGGUGGAGAAUGCGAUGCAAACGUGCUCCGCGUUCAUUCGGAGCCAAUAUCGACAGAUCAGACAAUGCUACGACGGUCCACGUGGUAUCCAACUGCAACGAGAGGCCGCCCAUCUCACGAUGAGCACCCGACCGAAUCCGAUUGUCGAGGUACCGUACCUACUGAUCAACGACUACACACCAUCAGUCGAUAUGAACAAUUUGAAUGUGAUGUUGUUGCCGCAGUUGUUGAGCAAAUGGACUAAAUUGACGCAUAAACAGUGA